AUGAAAGACCGCACUGGCUGGGAUGGGAAGCUCAGAAUCGAUGACCCAACAGAGCGGCGAGCAGUCAUAACAAACCCAGAGGCGCUGGAAGACCCGGAUUACUCGGACGAUGAAGCUUUGCCGGUUGACACGAUCAGUGCCGAUGAGGAUAUCCUGGAAGACGAGGACCCCGAUGUCGAAGAUAUAGACCUCGUCCACUAUCGAAUAGGAUCCAUUCCGGCGUUGAAACUGGAAAGGUUCACCAAGCUCGAGAAAAUAUGCCUCCGUCAAAACCACAUCUCGCGCAUUGAAUUCCCUUCAAAUUUCGGCGCCACUCUGAAAGAACUCGACCUGUACGACAAUCUCAUUGGCCACAUCAAGGGCCUCGACGAGUUGACAAACCUGACGGGCUUGGACUUGAGCUUCAACCGGAUCAAGCAUAUCAAAAACAUUUCGCACCUGACCCAGUUGACGGAUAUUUAUUUUGUGCAGAAUAAGAUAUCGACGAUAGAAGGGCUGGAUGAGCUGGUGCAUUUGAGGAAUUUGGAGUUGGGCGCCAAUCGGAUUCGGGAAAUUCAAAAUCUGGAUAAUCUCAAGGCUUUGGAGGAGUUGUGGUUGGGGAAAAACAAAAUUACAGAGAUGAAGAAUCUCUCUGCUUUAUCGAAUCUCAAAAUCCUCUCAAUCCAAUCAAACCGCAUCACCAGCAUAACUGGGCUUUCCGAGCUCCACGGUCUUGAAGAGCUGUACAUCUCGCAUAACGGCCUGACUGAUUUAUCAGGGCUCGAGUCGAACACGGCCCUCCGUGUUUUGGACUUUUCGAACAACCAAGUAUCCAAACUUGAAAACAUCGUUCAUCUCACACACCUCGAGGAACUGUGGGGUUCCAAUAACGCGCUCUCCAACUUCGAGGAGGUCGAGCGAGAGUUGAAGGAUAAAGAGAAUCUCGAAACGGUUUAUUUUGAGGGAAACCCGCUGCAAACCAACAGCCCGGCGCUGUAUCGGAACAAAGUACGACUGGCUCUGCCGCAGGUGAAGCAGAUAGAUGCUACUUAUGUGCGCCUUGUUUGA